UGAAGCAAAAAAUUCGACCGGAUUUUAAGCGUUUCCGGUGGCAUCUCGAGACUAGCUACCUAGAAACACAUACCGACAAUGCGAUUGGACCUGCGGCGAAUCUUUGCAGCACACAACGGAUUCCAUUCCGCCGGCGACCUUCAAAAAAAUCGAGUCUGCCUCCACAGAAGAGAAGAGAAUCAAAUGUUCUUCCUAAGUCUAAUAAUGACUCUUUACUCCAUUUUGGUAAUCGGGGGGGUUACAGCUGAAUCUACCACUACCUAGUCACUUCGUACAUAACUCCCAUCCGUAUGCUUUUGUGUUAAUAAUAGCUUCUCCAACAUCUUCUCCGCUCAUUCCAGAUCUGUCUGUCUGAGAUCCCGAGAGAGUACUAACCUGCCAAGGUGUUCAAACCAAGGUAUGAUUGAUUCCAGUGGACAAACUCGGGAGAGAUGGAGCUACGACGUGUUCUUUAGUUUCCGUGGACCAGAUGUGCGCAAGGGGUUUGUAGCCCAUCUCUAUAAGAGUCUACUGAGGUCUGGAAUAUACACAUUCAAGGACGAUGAAGAACUAGCAAAAGGAGAAAGCAUGUCCCCAAAGCUCCUAAAGGCCAUUCAGACCUCCAAAAUUCUACUCGUCGUUUUAUCCAAGAGCUACGCUUCAUCGUCCUGGUGCCUUGAUGAGCUCGUCCACAUUAUGCGAUGCCGAGAAAGCGGCGCAGGACAAUUUGUACUCCCGAUUUUCUACAGGGUUGACCCGUCGCAUGUACGCAGACAGACUGGGUCGUUUGGUGAAUCUUUUGAUAAACUCCGUAACCGUCAUCCCGAGAGAAAGUUGCAGCAGUGGAGGGAAGCUUUAACGCAAGUGUCACAUUUUUUGGGGUAUCACACACGUAACUGGGAUAAUGAUGCUCAAAUGAUCGACGAAGUCACUAGAGACAUUCUCGAAAGGCUGCCUAGUUCAUACUUGCAUUUACCAACAUAUGCCGUUGGUAUUAUAUCACGUGUAAGCCGUAUCAAGGAGCUAAUGUGCUUUGGUUUGGAUGAUGUUCAGAUUGUCGGAAUCUGGGGAAUGGCUGGGAUCGGUAAAACAACGUUAGCCAAGGCUGCAUUUAACAAGUUUUCACAUCGUUUUGAAGGAACAAGUUUCCUAGAAAACUUUAGAGAUUACUUCAAGAAACCUGAAGGCAAGUUUCAUCUUCAGAAAAAGCUUCUUUCGGAUAUCUUAAGAAGGAGAGACGACGCAGUGUUCAACAACAUGGAUCAUGCUGUUAAACAAAGAUUUCGCAACAAAAGGGUACUCGUUGUAAUUGAUGAUGUUGAAGACGUGGUGCAGCUUCAUUCAGUUGCAAUACAUUUGAGCUGCUUUGGUCCAGGAAGCAGGAUAAUCAUUACAACCAGGAACAAGCAUCUGUUAGAGCAGCUUGGCGUUGUAAAUAUAUAUUCACCGAAGGAACUUAACGCUGAUGAAUCUCUUGAUCUUGUAAGCUGGCAUGCAUUUAAAGAAAGUGAACCUCCUGAAGAGUUUCUCCAGCUCUCGAAAAACUUGGUUGAAUACUGCGGAGGACUACCUUUGGCUAUGGAAGUCUUGGGUGCUUUUCUCUACAAGAGAAGCGUUCCGGAGUGGAAAAGCACGUUGGAAUCGUUGAAAAGAAUACCUGAUGAUAACAUUCAAGCAAAGCUUCAGAUUAGCUUUGAUGGGCUAAAUGCAUUACAGAAAGACAUAUUCUUGGAUAUUUCUUGCUUCUUCAUUGGUAUGGAUAAAGACUAUGUAGGUUGCAUAUUGCAUGGAUGCAAAUUAGACCCUGGCAUAGGACUCAGUGUGUUAAAGGAGAGGUGUCUCAUUACGGUCCAUGAUAACAGGCUGAUGAUGCAUGACUUACUACGAGACAUGGGAAGAUAUAUUGUCCAAGGAACAUCUCGGAGUAACUGCGAGACAUGGAGUAGAUUGUGGGACCGUGAUCAUGUUAUAGAUGUCUUGGCAAACUAUUCUGGAACAGAUGCAACUGAAGGACUGAGCUUGAAGGCUGAAGUUACAGCUGUUGAGAACUUUGAGGCUAAAGCAUUUUCAAAUCUACGUAAGCUGAGACUGUUACAGCUCAGUCAUGUAGCACUCAACGGAAGCUAUGAAAACUUUCCAAAAGGUUUACAAUGGCUUUGUUGGCUUGGGUUUCCUGAGGAAUCUUUCCCCAUAAACUUACAUUUGAGAAGUUUAGUUGUCAUGGACAUGCAGAAGAGCAACCUUAAACGACUUUGGAAUGAUCAGAAGCCUCAUGUGCCCCUUAAGGAGUUAAAAUACCUUGACCUCAGUCACUCUAUCCAUCUUAUAGAGACUCCAGACUUCUCUUAUCUCCCAAACCUUGAGAAGCUGCUCUUGAUAAACUGUCAAAGUUUGGUUAAAGUUCACAAGUCCAUACAGGUUCUUCAAGGAAGCCUGAUUCUAUUAAAUCUGAGCGGUUGCAUCAAGCUUGGUGAACUCCCGUUGGAACUCUAUACGUUGAAGUCGCUGGAAACCCUCAUUCUCUCCGGAUGCUCGCAUAUUGAAAGAUUGGAUGAUGCUUUAGGUGAACUAGAGUCCUUGACAACUCUUAAAGCUGAUCAUACUGCUAUAACGCAAAUACCUUCCUCGAGUUAUAAACUAAAGAAACUGAAAGAGUUAUCUCUUCAUGGCUGCAAGGAGUUAUGGAAAGACAGACACUACACCAACUCUGAUGAAAGCUCUCAAGUAGCUCUGUUAAGGCCGCUCUCACUGGCCGGUCUAAACAGCUUAAAGACUUUGCGUUUAGGUUGCUGCAAUCUAACUGAUGAGUUGGUUCCUGAAAAUCUUGGGAGUUUGUCUUCUCUAGAGGAACUUGAUCUCCAAGGCAACAGCUUUCGUAACUUGCAAACGGAUUUUGCUGGUCUUUUAAGUCUACAGAUUCUUAAACUGGAUAAUUGCUCAGAACUUCGAUCCAUGUUUAGUUUACCAAAGAAGGUGAGGUCUUUAUACGCGAGAAACUGUACUGUGUUGGAAAGAACUCCAGAGUUAAAAGAGUGCUCGGUGUUGCAAUCAUUGCACCUCACAAACUGUUACAAUCUUGUUGAGACCCCAGGGCUGGAGGAACUGAAAAUGGUUAGAGUUAUCCACAUGGAAAUGUGCAACAGCAUACCAUACACUGACAGAGAAAGAAUCAUGCAGGGAGGGGCUGUUGGUUCCAGUGGGGGAAUUUUUGUCCCGGGAUCAAGCCUUCCAGACUGGGUUAAUUUCAAGAAUGGGACACGUUCGAUCUCUUUUACUGUCCCUGACCCAACUUUGAAUUUUGAUCUGAUCGGGUUUACCGUGUGGACAACAUACGUGAGUCAGCAAGAUGAUGUGAUGUCUGCAUGCACUCCAAAUAUCACACUGAAGAAUCAAACCAAAGGAGAUAUAUGGAGUCGCAAUCCAGCAACAGAACACAUUCGUAUGUACCUUGAAAAACACAUCUGGCAAGGGCACUUUUCAAAUGAAGAUUUCUUGUUGGAAACAGGGGAUCAAGUGGAAGUUUCUGUGGAUUUUGGAGAUGAAGUCACCAUUCUUGAGACAGGACUAACUCUUGCUUACAGAGAAGUCACUGAAGUCCCAAAUGAACAACUGACAGAAAUAGAUGAUGAAGUCCCAAAUGAACAACCGGCUGAAACAGAUGACGAAGUUGAUUAUGAAGUACUCAUAGAUGAAAGCCAAAGAAGACCUCCCAGGAAAGUGGGGAUGGGUUUAAAGACGGUUCUGGGGGCGUUUGGUUUGUUGGCAUUCAUUGUUGUUCUUGGAAAACAUGGUAGUCCCCUGCGCCGCCACAACCACCUUCGCAGGAAUAAAAUUGAAAAGGAUAAGGAGAAAGAUGCUACAGUCCACAUUUUCUCCUUUUUAGAUUACUAGGUGCUGUUAUUUCAAAAUGGUUUGGACAGUGGGAGCAGAAUGGACACUUCUAGUUCUAGGGGAGUUUGGUUUGUUGGCAUUCAUUGUUGUUCUUGGUAGACAAUUGUGGGAGACGUUGGUGAUGAAGUGAAGUCCGGCGUGGAUCAAGUGAUGGAUGGCGGUGAGGAAGAUGACUAGUUCAAGUGUUGACACAAAUAAAAGUACUAUUCUCUUAAAUAAUGACUCGGUUGCUGCUUAUUCUCUUUUUAAUGCAAUUUGUGAUUUGGAAUCUUUUUGACGUUAUGGGUCAGUGACUAUCGCUCGGGAUUCCAAACUCGUUUGGACAGUAGAAGCAGAAUGAACAAUACAACAAGAAACAUGAACUUGUUUAAAGCAGAGUGGGAGAAAACAUCAACACUUAUUGCUGAAGGGACUUGAUGCACUUGUUCUUACAAAGUUACAUUGAUUCGAUGUUAUUAUGAGUUACUUGGACGAUAUGAUGAUGAAAACAAUGUGAACUGAACUUAUUGGUCAAAGUACUUCAACA